UAAUGGCAGAAGACGGAGAAAUCGACAUCGAAGGAGAUUUUGAAUUUAAACUAGAGGCAAAUGAUGUUUAUGAUACAAAUGAACUUCCAUCCAAAAGUGCUAAUCUGCUACCUGAGUACACUAAUCCAGCAUGGAUGCUUGACCAGGGAUGGAGUAUGGAUAGUUACAUUGAUGAGAAGUCUAAGGCAACUAUAGAGAAAAUGUUACAGGAAGAACAAUAUUAUAUGAAUGGUCAGAAUCGACGACGUAACAUGCGAAACUUGACAACUCACAAGCAACCCUGGAGUGAAGAAGAAAAGAACAUGUUCUAUAAAGGAUUGGAGGUAUAUGGUAGAAGCUGGUCAAAAAUUGCUGAGUUGAUUCAAACUAGGACAAAUCUACAAGUGAAGAAUUUUGCACAACAGUAUUUCAAACAACAGACUAAAAGUGAUGAGAAGUCUGGGAAUGAGAAGCCAUAUCCUUCUACAUUAGAACAGAUGUUAAAAGCUGUAACUACUGCACAGCCUACAGUAUCUGCUCCAGCAUUUACUAAAGCUGAAAAUCACAUUAAUUCCAAAAAUUAUUCCUUACUUGGGAAAGCAGAAAAUAAUACGACAGAAACAAAAUUUACAGAACUUGAAAAAAUAUUAACUUCAGAAACAGUCCCAAGUACAAGUAAAUACAAGGAAGAAAAGAAAAAUGAAAAUAUGAGUAAAAAACACAGGAUUGAGGUACAUAAAAACAAGAAAAGUUCAUGUCAUAAUGCUACAGUUACAAAACACCAAUCUCAAGUUACUAACUCAAAGCUACCAAAAGUUUCCAAACCAGCACCUCUUGUCAAAAUUAAAAAUGUGAAAGUUAUUUCCUCUAGUGACAUAACAUCCACUUGCAAUGAAAGCAUUGGUUUGAAUGAUGUUUUAGAAGUUGUGACGAUACCAAGUGUUCAGUUAAGUCCAACAUUAGAGCAUAAGCUGGAGAAAUCAACAGGGCUCAUUGAAAAUCUCGAUGGUUUCUGUGCCGUAGCUGACAUUGUUAGUGGAUCUGGUGAUGGACAGGAAGAUGAAGAGGAUAUAGACAUUGACAUAGAAAACGAUGAUGAUGAAAUGGACGACAAUGUCAUUCUUAAAAAUAGGUCAACAUCACCUAAUUCUGUUUAUGAAAGUUUACUCAAAUCAGCUAAAGUAAGAACAAAGUGUAACAAGACAGAUACAGUGAUACAAAAAACAGAAGAUGAAAUGCCAGAAGAAAUAAAGGACUUGGAAGAAUCGUCAUGUGACACGGAGAGAAUGGAGAAUAUCCUGGUUUCUGAAUCAUCAUCAGAUGGAUUAUCUGAGGGAGGAAACCAGUCAGAUUCUAAUCAGCAUGUAGAAAAAAGAAUAGCCAAUAUGGUUGUGUUGUCUAAUGGUGAAGUUAUGGAAUUUCCAGUACCAACAGAGGAAAAAUUAGUUGAACCAGAUCUUAUAUCACUGGAAGAAAGAAAAGUUCAUUUGGAAUUCUUUGAUGGACGGCUAUCAAAAACUCCUGACCGUUAUGUCAAAAUCAGAAAUUAUAUACUGGACUCUUGGAAUAAGUCAAAACCAAACUACCUCAACAAAACAUCAGUAAGACCUGGAUUAAAGAAUUGUGGUGAUGUGAAUUGUAUUGGAAGAAUCCAUAUGUAUUUGGAAUGUACUGGUGCUAUUAACUUUGGUUGUGAGCAGAGUUGUUAUAAUCAUCAUGUAAAAAUGACAUCCAUUGGAGCGAAACAAAAGGGCUCUAGAGAUGUUCUUGCAAAAGGAUUUAAAUUAAAUUCAAUGAGACCAAGAAAAAGAAAGAUCAAAGAUGGCUAUGGUAAUUGGAUUAAUGAGGAUGAAUUACAGGGUAAAACUAUUGAGCAUCAGGAACAAUUAGAUGAUACAAGUUAUAAUGACAAGGAGAAGAUUAGAUCCUCAAAAGAAGUGAAGACAUUUUAUGAUCCAUUUAAACUUAUACCAUGUGAAUCCUUUACUCAGGAGAAUCCAGCACCAAUAGGUGUUGAAAUCUACAAUUCCUGUCUAGUCAUUAUGGAUGUACAUGCACAUGUAUCUAAAACAGAGGUCAUAGGUAUGCUGGGAGGACAAUGCUGUGAUGGUACACUCAGUGUGACAAUGGCUAUACCAUGUAACAGUAUUAGUACAGGCAUGCAGUGUGAAAUGGAUCCAGUUUCCCAGACUCAGGCCAGUGAAGAGAUACACAAGUAUGGUAUGUCUGUUGUUGGAUGGUAUCACUCACAUCCAACCUUUAAUCCUGAUCCUUCUGUCAGAGAUAUGGAAACACAGCUUAAAUUUCAGGAAUGGUUUUCCAAGGGUGGCAGUAGAUAUAUUGGUAUAAUUGUAAGUCCAUACAACAGAUUAAAUCCAAGCUUGUCAUCAGAUGUACAGUGUUUAACAGUUAGUGAAGAGGUCAAUCUGAUUCAAAUGUGCAACAAGCCUUACAAGUUUGACUAUGAGAUAGUCCAGGACAAUAUGGAUCAAGAAGCAUUGCUAUCUGUAAUACGACAGUUAGCAGAGAAAUACAGCGGCUAUCAAAAUAGAGUGGAAAUACUCGGGCCAUACAGGUCAUUUACUGGACACACUUGCCUUUCUAAGUUGUUGGUGUCCAUCAGUGAACAUUCCAGCAAUCAAUGGUUGUCAUCAGAAUUUCUGAAAGCAAUAGAGAAUAUCUUUACAGAGAUAUUCUCACAGAAAGGAAACACUGAUGCUGCAAUUGAAUACAGUGACCAUGAUUUGAAUAAGAGUUCUGAUGAAAGUUCAACAAAUAUUGACAAAGCCAAGAUUGGUGAAAAUCCCGCAAUAUUACUGGAAAGUGUUCAUUCUACAGAGGAACAAAGACCAACAGACAAUAGUUUGUCACAGGACUAAAGAGUCAUUUUAAUUAAAAUUUUCCUAUUGUU